CAUUUGUAGGAUGAAAGGUUAAGCAAAGCAACAUAAAUAUGACAGGAAAACGAUGGGGUCCUGGAAAGGAUCUUGGUCACCAAGUGGAUAACUCUACUUCAACAAUUAAAAAACUGAGUAUUCUCUACAGCGACCCUGAAUUAAGUGACCUCCGUCUUUGUAUUGGGGAGCGGACCUUUCAUGCCCAUAAACUCAUCUUGAGCAUCUCCAGUGAUGUUUUCAAAACAAUGUUAACAAGUCCUACAUGGCCUGAGGCCUUUACUUCCCAGAUUUCAUUGGAGGAGGAGCCAGAGUGCCAGGAUGUCUUUGAGGACUUUUUGCAGUACCUGUACACAGGGAGGAUUCAUCUCAGUCAGACCAGUGUCCUCCCCAUCCUCAUACUUGCUGACAAGUACAACAUCAAUGACUUGUCUGAUGUCUGCAUCAAUUACAUGAGCAGCCAUUGUGUUGCACCACCAUCUCAAUCUCGAGUGAUAUCAUGGCUUAAGUAUGCAAUCAUGUGUGACCAUAAACAGUUGCAGGAAAUCUGUGAGGAAUAUAUCACGUGGAAUUUUCAGUAUGUUAUGAACACUCCUGAUUUUAUGGGUAUUUCUUCAGAUAUGCUGAUUAAGUUCUUAAGAUCUUCAGACAUUAUUGUUGAUGAUGAAUACACUUUAUAUGAGAAGGUCAAACUUUGGUUUGCUACUUACAAAGAAUUGAAAUCAAACUCAAAGAAACUCAAAAGCAAGCUGAAAAAUAUCAUUAGAAGUGUUGUACCACUGAUCAAGUUCCCCAUGAUACUGCAUGAAAGCAUGAACUCUCUGGGAGAGGAGAGAGGCUACACAGAAAGUAAGGAUGUAUCAAAAGAUAACUGGAAAUUAAAGGUGCAGGAACAAAUUCAUCACCUAUGCACAUUACUAAAUGAACAAACCAAAGGAGAAAAUGUAGGCAGAAAACCAAAUCUACAUUCUCAGCUUAUUUCCAAUACAGACUCUGUUCCUGCAGCUCAAGAUCAAGAAUCUGGUGACAUUUCCUCCUUUUCCAGUUUUUCACAUCACAUGUCCUUUAACCCCAGAAUCUACACCAGUGACACCUGGAGCACUGAAAUUUUUGUUCCAGAUGUUAAGAGCUUGAAUCAAGGGGAUGUUCUGCGGGCAUUUUUCUCCACUCCUAUCUCAGGUCCAGGUGGAGACGACUUCUCCAUGUGGGAUUGGCAUGUGGAUUUUUAUCCAAAAGGAGUUAUUUUUAAGCCCUGUGUCAUGAUUGGUCAUUUUUGGAACCAUGAGAUAGAUGAAGUUGUUUAUGACACUGUUCGUUUGACUGUGACAUCCAACUCCCCUGAGCACCGCCAAGUCCAGAUCAGUGUUUUAAUAUUUGGGCAACAGGAAGGCAUUGAAUUUGUUGCCAAGUGUGUUACAAAAAGCUGCUACUUUGAUAGUGAGCAUCUGUCUCACAACUUCAAUGAUCUCAUAGACCUUUCUGAUCUUUAUCAUAGAAAAUCUCCUUUUCUAUUGGAUGCUGAAAGAAAUGCUUUAAAAAUCAAAAUUGUUAUUAAGCCUAAAGUAUCCUUUUGAAAAUUUUACCAGUUUUUUUAUUAGUCAGAAGUCAAAUUUAACUUUGCUGUACAUUUUACAACUUAAUAAGAACCGUUGAUUGAACCUGAUGCAAGGUACCAUAAAAGUGGUAUUUUUAUAUAUUUAAAACCAAAUGUGUCUUGAACUAAAAGUGAUAAUCAAACUAUCAGUUUGUUAUUAGAUGCAAUAAUAAUCUUUUGUGUAGAGGCCAUAUGGAUAUACAUGUCACAUGUAACAGUAAGUGCUAUUUUUUGAGAUAUUUUUAGUUACAUUGUUUUAAAACACUGUGUAUCUGGCUUUGGAUGUAAGUAUUUUUAAUAUUUAAAUAUUAUCUUCUGCUCUUGAUAUCAUAUUGUUUUAAAGUGAUUGACAGAUGUUAAAUAAUUAACAUUCCACUAUGAU